AUGUUUACCUCUAGCUUGCUGAGAAGUGGGACAGAGUGCGAACUGCACCUGUCACACGGUCGGACAUAAAGGCACAGCAGCAUUCAAAUGAGCCACUGCAAGACAGUGUAUAGGAAGACCACUGUAAGAGCUGCCAUGCUGAGAAGAGGCAGGAACGGCCGGGCUCGGCAUCUGGCCUGGAGCGAAACACGGCAGGAGACAGAUGCCAUGGCGGUGAUCCAGACAUCGGACAGAGAGGAAUGGGAAGGCCAGACAACGACACAGAUCAGCGACCUGGACUCAGAGGUGGAUUACCUGCCAAGUUCUCAGAACGUAUCAGAAGUGGUGGCCUCGCCCAGCACGGUGCCGGUGAUAGGGGAGUCUUUCUGCCAGUGUGACCGACAGGAGGAGCUCAGCCCGGGCCGCAGUGUCACCAGUGACUGCCUCUGUGGGGAAGAGGAUCAGGGUUUUGACUGGGAAUGGGACGUUCACAAGUCUUCUGGAGCCUUCCUCAGCUGUGACAACAGAAAGGUGAGCUUUCACUCUGACUACAGCUGCGGCACAGCUGCCAUCCGCGGCACCCAGGAGCUUGCAGACGGUCAACACUUCUGGGAAGUCAAGAUGACCUCUCCUGUCUAUGGAACCGAUAUGAUGGUGGGAAUUGGAACUUCAGAGGUGAACCUGGAGAAGUUCAAAUACAGCUUUGGCAGCCUGCUGGGCCAUGAUGAAGACAGCUGGGGGCUCUCCUACACAGGUUACCUCCAGCACAAAGGGGACAAAGUGAAGUUCUCCUCUCGGUUUGGCCAAGGCUCCAUCAUAGGAGUGCACCUGGACACCUGGCAUGGCACACUGACCUUCUACAAGAAUCGGCACUGCAUAGGUGUUGCUGCCACAAGGCUGCAGAACAAGAAGUUCUACCCCAUGGUGUGCUCCACAGCAGCCAAAAGCAGUAUGAAGGUGAUCCGUGCCUGCUAUACACCCACCUCCCUGCAGUACCUUUGCUGUACCCGGCUCCGCCAAAUGAUGCCCUGCUGUCCAGACGUACUAAAUGUUAUAGAUCUGCCCCCAGGCCUGCGCACCCUCCUCCACAUAAAGCUAGGCUGGGUCUUUACCCUCAGCAGCAGCCCUGAGGCCUCGGAGCAGCACAGUGACUUGUCUGAUGAUUUACAUGAAGAGAUGAGCAUGCCUUCCAGCCACAGCCCCAGCCCCAUCCCAAGCCCAGUAUCCACCCCGAGUGCCUGCGCCUCCCCGAGCCCCUGCACCAGUCCGUUUCUUGACACAGACCGACAUCAGUGCCCCUGUCAAAUGUCACCUCAAAUUCAACCCUGCACUUGCCACUGCCCUCCAACUCCUCCCAGCAGCGACUACGACAGCUGCUGCUCCGAGCCAGAGGAUUACCAGUGCAAAAGAUGCCGCUGGACAUGACUUAGUGGUCAAAACGUAUUUGUAAGUGUUUAGCACACAGCUAUUCUACCAUUGCCAUCAAAAUCUCCUGUUGGAAAUCAGGGAGAUAAGAGCAAUCUCAGCGUUUAGCCAAUAUUUCUGAAUCGACAUCUUGAGUGGAUUGUUGCUUGUCUUUUUUUAUGUAGCAGGUUUAUGACAUUAAAAAAACAACUUUGUCAGUGAACAGGGAGAAGGGUGUGAGUGUCUAGUGAGUGAGACCUUUAAAGAAGUUGAGAUAUUAAGAGUGACAUCCAGGUCAUUCAUUCACAUUUUAGCCAAUUGCUGUCAUUGGGCUAAUGAGAGCCAUUUGUACUGCUAAUUCUUUUUAAGGCCUAAUGUCUGAAUCUUGUGUACACUUCUCAGGGAUAGACUCCGGGGGGGGUUGCUUUUUGAUACAGUGGAAAUUACUUUUUGUACAGUAAAUGUGUUUUGUAAUCAGCAUUUUGGCUUGAAUACCUACAGUGGAUGUAUUCUUGCUUACAAGAGGAUUUGUUUUUCUAUUUACAGUAAUGCUUUGUUUAUGAACUUUCUUACUCAGGAAAUUCUCUAAAAUAAAACAAAAAUGAAAAGUUC